AUGGAGAUGAGCUGCCCGUCGAAUGUUAAUAGAGAUGUCCCUACGUGUUCUACUAGCGCAGUUAAUAUUUCACACUCACACCAAAGUUUUGUGCAACAGCCUGCUUUUGUGAGUGGAUGGAUGUAUGUGAAUGAAAAUGGACAAAUGUGCGGUCCAUAUAUUAAGGAGCAAUUAUAUGGGGGGCUAACUACAGGUUUCUUGCCGUUUGAGCUUCCUGUGUAUCCUGUAAUCAAUGGCACAAUAAUGAACCCUGUACCAUUGAAUUAUUUCCAACAGUAUCCGGACCAUGUUUCCACCGGGUUUGUUUACAUGGGUAUGAAUUUCGCAGACACAAUGAUGUCUACUAAUGGCUCCUCUUCUUCUCAGGAUAUGACAAUAUAUGGGCAAGAUAGAUCUUUUGAGCCUGCCGCUCUUAUGGCUGUUAACGCUGAUUCAGAGUCUGUUUCACAGUUAAAUGUCAAUGACUGCACUAAGGAAUCCAAUCACUUGAAUUUGAAUUCGGAGGCUUUCAGGAGGAUUAUUUCUUGUCAGAUGUCGGGAGGAGAAUGUUGUUGGCUUUAUGAGGAUAAAAAGGGUAUGAAACAUGGGCCGCAUUCCAUUUCAGAAUUGAUUUCCUGGCACCACCAUGGAUAUCUUGAAGAUUCAACAGUCAUCUCCCAUUUUGACAAUAAGUAUGGAAACUUUGUGUUGUUGGCUGCUGCAAAUGUGUUGAAAGGAGAUAUAUCUGGAACCAUAUGUGGAUCAGAUUCCAAAAGCAAUGGAGUCGGUGAUGUGAUGAACUUAAAUUUUGAAAUAUCUGAAGACAUUUCUUCCCAAUUGCACAUGGGUGUUAUGAAAGCUGCCCGAAGAGUUGUGCUAGAUGGUAUUAUUGGCAAUAUCAUUUCAGGAUUUGUUACUGAAAAGAAAUGCAAGAACCAAAAGAUUGAGUCUUCUGAUCGAACUUCUGAAACUUGCACAUUGGACAGUAAAAUGAUGAAUAAUGGUACUUCUAUUCCUCCUAGUGAGCCUGCACCUUCCCAUUUUUUGGAUGACCAGGCUUGUCAUGAAAUUUCCAGACUGUCUUCAACGAGUGUUAAGACAGUUGGAAGCAUUGAAAAUUUUUGGUGCUCAUAUUCUGUUGUUCGUAAAGCAAUUGUUGAUUAUUGCUUGCUAGUCACGUGGAAUGCAGUGUUUUUUGACACGCUAACAGAGUACUUAAUUUCCUGGAGGAAAAAGAAAUAUUGGUCUCAUCCUAAGCCUCCAUCAACUUUUAUUGAAUCUAAAGAUUAUGUUGAAAAGAUUAAAUCAAAAGCUUUGGUUCUCAGGCCAGGUUCCUCUAUAUGCAAUGAUGAUGCUGAUAUGCAGUCUGGCGUGAUGACGACAGAAAGAGAUUGUCAUCCUGAGUUACUUAUAUCUGCUAAUAACCUCAAAAGCCGAAACAUAGCCGGAGCUCAAAGAGUUUCAUGCAGUUAUCAUAAUUCUAAAGUUUUGACAUGCAUUCUUGAAUGUGUGGAGAACGAUCUUCACUUCUCUGCAAAGGUGUCUCUAGCUGAUUAUGUUCGAAGUGUUGUUGAAAAGGAAGUAAACCAAUUAAUUCCUUCCCUAGAAAAAGAUAAAUUCAGUGAGGUUGAUGAUAGUAACUGCCAUAUCUCAGAGAUGCUUACCAGUAAAACAUCAGCUAAAGAAAUUCUAAAUGACAAGACUGUCGAUCCUGUGAAAAAUAGAGACUCAAUUUGCAUGUCUUCACCUGGAAACCAAAUGUCUAAUGUUUUCUCAAAAGCAUUUCAAGAACUGUGUGGACAUUUAAAUGAUGUGGUUGACGAAGAGGAGGUUGGUGACAUGCCACCUGGAUUUGAAAAAAAUUCUCAAAUAAUAUUCCCUCACUACAGCUCAAAAUUCCGCCCUUCAAGAAUAGUUGAAUGUAAUCCCAAGAUUACAGAGUAUGUUACUGCUGCACUGUGCAGACAGAAGCUGCAUGAUGAAGUCCUAGAGAAGUGGAAGUUCUCGAUUCUUGAUUCUACGAUUAAACAGGUUCUUAUGUCAUCAUGUACCAUAAAGAAGAAUUUUCAGUCUCGUGGUCAUGAGAAGAGGAAGUCAUUUGGUGCAAUUAAGGAACAGUUGAAUGGUGUUACUUCUGGACUGGGAAAAGGGAAGGAAGGCUCAAAAAGUUCUGGAGUUCCUUUGUUGGAUGGAAAUACAUAUCAUCGUAAGAAGCUACCACGGAAAGAGUUUUGCUCCUUUCAGCCUGUUGUAGAAGAUAAUUUAGGGCCAGGGAAGAAGCCUCUGGCUAACUUACAGAAACAUGUUUCUGGAGAUGUGAAUGAGAGUGCCAAAGUUAAAAUAACUGCUAUUAAACAUGGAAAGACUAAGAUGAUUAAAGGGAAGAAGGAUGCAUCUUCUAAGAGCGGGUCUUCUUUCAAUGUCGACAAUAGCUCACCCAAUGAUCAAUUAUCCUUGAAGAAUAAAACUAGCCAGAAAGUAGUGAAGUUUGCGCAUACAGUUCAAAAUGGUGUUAUGGAUGUCAUGAAGUUCAAUGAAAAGAGGUCAUGGGCAUCCUCUAAGAGCAGGUCUUCUAUCAAUGUCGAUAAAAGCAUACCCAGUGAUCACUUAUCCUUGAAGAACAAAACUAGCCAGAAAGUAGUAAAGUUUGCGCAUACAGUUCAAAAUGGUGUUACGGAUAUUAUGAAGUUUAACGAAAACAGGCUAUCGACAUCAACUGAUAAUAUUGUUGGUAUGAAAGUAGCUAAAAGAAAUAACUCUGAUGUCACCAUUCACAGGAAGACCACUGGUCAUAUAUCUAUAGAGAAACUAAGUGUGACAAAUAAAGUGUCAAAACCAAAAAGGAAGCAUCAAACAGAUGUUGUUACAUCCUCACUUCCUGCUAAGGUUUUGAAAAUUUCAAAUAGGGGGUCUAGUCUGAAAGCUAGCAAACAAGUAACUGAGGCACAGAAGGAAUCUGCCGUAUCCAAGUCAUUGGAUUUAUGUCCUAAAUCUAAUGGUUGUGCUAGGGCUUCUAUUAAUGGGUGGGAAUGGCAUAAAUGGUCACUAAGUGCCAGUCCUGCGUGUAGAGCACGUGUCAGGGGUCGUCUUCCACGUUUACAAAACAGGCGCAGAAAUUCUGAAAACAUUUCAUCCCAGGUGUCAAAUGGCAAGGGUCUUUCAGCAAGAACCAAUAGGGUGAAAUUGCGCAACCUUCUUGCUGCAGCUGAGGGUGCAGAUCUUCUGAAAGUGCCUCAAUUGAAGGCACGAAAAAAGCGAUUAUGUUUUCAAAGGAGCAAGAUACACGACUGGGGUCUUGUUGCCUUAGAGCCAAUAGAAGCAGAGGACUUUGUGAUUGAAUAUAUUGGAGAAUUAAUUCGUCCUCGGAUAUCGGAUAUACGUGAGCUUCAAUAUGAGAAGAUGGGAAUUGGAAGCAGUUACCUUUUCAGAAUUGAUGAUGGUCAUGUGGUUGAUGCUACAAAGAAAGGCGGGAUUGCAAGAUUUAUCAACCAUUCUUGUGAGCCCAACUGUUACACAAAGGUUAUAUCUUUUGAGGGUCAAAAAAAGAUUUUUAUAUAUGCAAAGCGGCAUAUAAAUGCCGGUGAAGAAAUUACAUACAAUUAUAAGUUUCCCUUGGAGGAGAAAAAGAUUCCCUGCAACUGUGGUUCCAAAAAGAUAAUACUCCCAAAAUACACGUUGCUCAUUGAAUAUUUGAGGACUGUUACUCUAUAUUUCACUGGACUGUUGACAUCAAAUUGGACGUGUUGCAACAGUGCUUGUAAACCUUUACCUUGUAUGUUUCCACUCGCUUAA